AUGCAGAACGAACAGCUAAACGAAUUUACUCCAGCAGAGCAUAUUCAUCAGAUUCGCUCAUAUUUCGAUAUCAUAGACAAUGCAGUUCAAAUUGGUGACACUAAUAGAAAAUAUUCUGACGCAAAGAUUCCAUCACAACCUGGAACUGCUAAAGAUAACACAUGGGUAACAUUCAAUCUCUCACCUCCUGGUGAAAAUAUGUUGGACCUUUACAAUACAUUCAUUACGUAUAAAAUGGAAGGUCAAUUUAUUGUAGAUAAAGAAAUUGGUUCAGGUUCCAAUAAAACAAACCCACCAGGAUUUUGGAUUGGUUUUGAUGACGCUUUCUAUGCAGUUGCUGGAUAUCAAAUCCUUGCAAAUGGUCGUAUCGUAUAUUCUCAAGACAACGCAAGAGAAGAAGCAUAUAUAACUUCAAACUCACAAACUACCGAACAAAUAAAGAAAGUAGAUGUUUUCUCAAAGACUCGACAUGAAGAUGUAUGGAGUCAUUCGGGAACAUGCAGAACAGGACAAAUUGUUAGUGGUCCAAUUACAGCAGGAAAAUCAUUUGAUUUUAAGCUUCGUUUAAGAAUUCCUGUUAGAAGAUUCCUUCCAUUAGAAGCUAUAAGAUUUAUUCCUGCAUUUGCUG